ACUUCAUUAAUUAAGUAUAGUAAUUAUAAUUUUAGUCAGUUUAACAAUAACACUUGUUUUGGGGUACUUUAAACUUAAUCGUUAGAGGUAAAUCUCCGAUAAACCGGAGAUUCGUUAUUUUGUAAGUGUCCAGGCCGUAUGAGUAUUGCAUUUCGGAUCAGUCUUCUAAGGAAAUCCAUACCCCCUUUAAGGUAUUUCAUAAAUCCCCAAUACAACAUUGAUAAUCAAACAUGAACACAUUUUUUUUCAAAAAAAAAAAAAAAAAAAAAAACAACUAGAGUUUAGACUUUAGAGUAAUACAAUUAUGGUAGUGUAAUAGAAACCAUGCAACACAAAAAUAAUUACUCUACCACCCAAUUGGAAAUUUGGGCCGCCAACUUCGCCAGAAUAUCCUCUCACUAAAUUUAAUUAUGACAACAUUCACCAUUUUUUUAUUUGUCAAACUUUUUCUUUUUGUUUCUUUUUAUUUUUGUAAACCUUCUAAAAUAAUUUCACUUCUUUCUUCAAUUUUUUUUUUUUUUUUAAAAAAAACAUUUCUAAACCCCCAAAUUUUACAAAUUCAGACAAAAAACCUUUCUCCUUCUUCUUCUCCUCUUUCUCUCUCCAAAAUUUUCAGAAAUCAAACUCAAAUUCAAAUUUCUUCUUCAAUCAAUCCUUGAUUUGAAGAAUUUGAAGCUUUGUUAAUGGAGUCUCCGCUACGAAGCGAAGCUGAAGAUGGCGGCUCCGGCGAAGAGAAGGUGGUUGAGACGGCGGAGAAGAUCAUUCUCCGAUGGGAUUCCACUGUUUCCGAAGAAGCUCGUGAUAAGAUGAUUUUCUCCGGCGACCGCCAUGAAGUUGACCGUUACCUCCGUGCUGUAGAUGAGAUCCAACGCUCACUUCAUUCACUCGCAAUUUCAUCUCCGUCCUCCACCGUCGGCGCCGGCGACCGGAAUCCGAACACUAUCCAAAUCGCCAUGGCUAGGUUAGAAGACGAGUUUCGGAACAUCUUGCUUUCGCAUUCAUCUGCUGUUGAUUCUGAUUCUUUGUUAGUUGAUACGCCUCGGUCUCACUCUCAAUCCUCCUCCCGUGACCACUUCGACAGCUUCUCCACCGCCGCUGCUGCCGAGGUCGAGGAGGAAGAAGUGGAUAAGGAGGUGGAGAGAGAGAUUUUGAGGUUCGACAGUGGUCACGGAGGCGGCAGCAGCGGCGGUGGAGAAAGAGGAGGCGGCUCCACUUCCUCCUCCUCGAGAAGAAGCAUGAGAUCGACAACUAGUAUCCGAGAGGUUGAUCUAAUACCUUCGGAUGCGAUCGCCGAUCUCCGGAGUAUUGCGGAGCGAAUGAUCGCUGCCGGAUACCUCCGUGAGUGUAUCCAAGUGUAUGGUAGUGUAAGAAAGUCUAGCGUCGAUGCGAGCUUCCGAAGCCUCGGAAUCGAAAAGCUUAGCAUCGGAGAUAUCCAGCGCUUAGAGUGGGAUGCUCUCGAGAACAAGAUCCGGCGUUGGAUUAAAGCUGCAAAAGUUUGUAUUCGAACUCUGUUUGCUUCUGAGAAGAGGUUGAGUGAGCAGAUCUUUGAGAGCUUGAAUUCUUCAACUGUUACUGCUCCAUGUUCUUCACCAGCUUCUUCGUCUUCGUAUUCCGAAGCUUGUUUUCUGGAAACAGUGAAAGGUCCUGCAAUGCAGUUGUUCAAUUUUGCUGAGGCAAUCAGUAUAAGUCGGCGAUCGCCGGAGAAAUUGUUCAAGAUACUUGAUUUGCAUGAUGCAUUGGCGGAGCUGCUGCCGGAUAUUGAUGUUGUGUUCGAGUCGAAGACGGCGGAGUCAAUUAGGGUUCAGGCGGCUGAGAUAUUGUCGAGGUUAGCGGAGGCGGCGAGGGGGAUAUUGUCGGAGUUUGAGAAUGCCGUGCUUCGGGAACCUUCUAGGGUUCCGGUACCUGGUGGGACAAUUCAUCCAUUGACUAGGUAUGUGAUGAAUUACAUUAGUUUGAUAUCUGAUUAUAAGCAGACUUUAAUUGAAUUGAUUGUAUCAAGACCUUCUUCGAGUGUGUCACGGUAUCCCGGGGAGUUAUCUGUGCCUGAAUUCGACUUUUCGGAGUUGGAGGAAGAGAGAACUCCUUUAGCUUUGCAUUUGAUAUGGAUAAUCGUUAUAUUGGAAUUUAAUUUAGAAGGGAAAUCACAACAUUAUAGAGAUACAUCAUUGGCUCAUUUGUUUAUGAUGAAUAAUGUUCAUUAUAUUGUGCAAAAGAUUAAAGGGUCACCCGAAUUGAGGGCGUUGAUUGGGGAUGAAUACUUGAAAAGGUUAACUGGUAAAUUUAGGCUUGCAGCUACUAGUUAUCAAAGGGCUACUUGGGUGAAAGUGUUGCAUUGUUUGAGAGAUGAGGGUUUACAUGUAAGUGGGAGCUUCUCUUCUGGGGUGUCCAAGAGUGUGUUGAGAGAGCGGUUUAAGUCAUUUAAUGCGAUAUUUGAUGAGGUUCAUCGGACACAAGCCACAUGGUUAGUGCCCGAUACACAGCUUCGUGAGGAGCUUAGGAUAUCGAUAGCAGAGAAGUUGCUCCCUGCAUAUCGGUCCUUCCUUGGUCGGUUUAGGAGCCACAUUGAGAGUGGCAGGCAUCCAGAGCAGUACAUCAAGUUCUCAUGGGAAGACUUAGAUUCAGCUGUAUUGGAUUUGUUCGAGGGUAACCCAGUUACACAACAUUUAAGAAAAAGGUCACAGGGAUAAUGAUUGUUCAACUAUGACUCUAGAAGACUAGGAAUUCAUUCUUUAAAUUUUUUGAAGAAGCCUUUGGGUGAUGGCAUUCUGUUUGAUCCAGUACGAUUCCUGUAGAAUAUUUUUUCCUUGAAGCAGCGCGUGUUGAUUAAUCAAGAAUCGUAAUGAAGCAAGUGGGUAAAGAUCGAAGAAUUUGCCCUCCAGGAUCGCCAGAGUCUGAAUGCUUCUGUCCUGUAAGCAUUUAUGUUGUUUGUAUCACCACAACCUAGAUUUUUGGUUCAUUUUUGUUCAUAUGAAAACUGUUCAACGUGUGUUUUUGUUUUCAAAUAUCUAUAAGCAAUAUUCUUUUAUACGGGUCCUUCUGUUAAUUUUAAAUGAGUUUAUAUGUUAUCCCUUUACAUAAAUUGGAAAAUACUGCUAACUUUCAGUGAGUA